AAUGGUCCUUGCUUUCAGACAUUUAUCACAAGUGAAAGAGAGUGGCUUGUCGGAAAUUUGAAUGUGUCAACAAAAUAUUAUAUUCGUGUUCUAGCAAGUACUAAAGUUGGUAAUGGAAACUUCAGUGAAAGUAAAGGAUAUUUUACGAAUGGACGUAAGUUCAACAUGUAUAUAUCGAGAUUUUGUUUUGAAUUUCAUACUUACUAUUUGGUUUAUUUAAAUCAUUAAAUCAAUUUAUUGGACCAUGUCGAAGCCGUAGAGUGCGAACGGGACUCAAAGUCCCAUGCGAGGCACUCCUCCGUUACAAACUGUAAAGAUUUCUUAAAUAAUUACAAUAAUUGCUAUGAAAAAACAUACAUUGAGCACUAACUAAUUCUUAAAUCCGCACGCAAGUUACAAUAAUGGUGCUUGAUCGAAUAGGAGUACAGUACGUUUACACACAAACGAUCAGUCGGCCGGUUUUAGGUAUUGCCGCCGAAUGUUAAAAUGACAAAUAAAGUUAUAUCAGUUGACAACAUACCCUGGAUUCCAGAGCCUUCGACAGUAAAUAAUAAAUUGAAAUGUCGCGAAGGCUCUGGUUCAAGGGGGCGAUUCUUUGAUUAAGCCGCGCCAAUCACAAAACAGAAUUAGUGGUUUUAGUACAGAAUCUGUACUAAAACCACUAAUUCUGUUUUGUGAUUGGCGCGGCUUAAUCAAAAAAUCGCCCCAUUGAACCAGAGCCUUCGCGACAUUUCAAUUUAUUAUUUACUGUCGAAGGCUCUGGAAUCCAGGGUAUUGACAACACAGAGUAGACAGAUAUACAGAACUACAACUAAUACACCCACCUUCUUGUGCGCGUGCUCGGCGAGUUACUAGAUGCAUGCAUCCCAUUGGAUGGCGGCUCGCUUUAACCGAUAAUUGUUAUGCCAUUUCAGUGAUAUCAAACCAUAGCACCUCGUUUAUAUAUUUCUACAACGUCUGAUCCGAUUUAGAGGAAAGAACAUAUGGAUGUUUUAUGUGAAACUCUGUCUCAAUGUUAAUUUCUUGUAAACUAGUGUCUGCCCUCUAUCUUUAGGAGUCUAUAUAGUAAUUAGAUCCUUUUUUCACAAUUAAUUAUUACAGAUCCCAAAAUUAUAUUUUAUACUUUUCCUCAUAGCGUUGGUACCAGACAAACCGACAAAUCUCGCCGUCAGUAACAUCACAUCUAAAAGUGCUGAAAUAUCGUGGCUAGAUCCUAAAACUCAAGGGCGAUAUCGUGUUUCACGCUUUUGGAUUAAAUUGAGGAAAGAAAACGCUAUAAUCCUAAGCAUUCGAACAAGAAAAGUAAACGAAUAUGAAAUUGACAAUCUAAUUUCGUAUACCAGAUAUCAAAUAUCUGUAGCUGCUGGAAGUCGUCUUGGUUUUGGUACAGAAACUGUUAUUUCAUUCUUAACAUCAGAACAAGGUGAGUGUACAUAUAGGUGAGUGCACAUAUAGGGGUGUUACGAAGCAUCCGGUGUUUCACUGGGGGAGGGGGUUAGGGAGGGGGUUAGGUAGGGCAAAGCCCAGACAAACACGAUUUUGGGUGGUGGAGCUAGGGGAAUGUUCCCCCUCAAAAUGUUGACUCGAAGUUCUGUAGUUCUGGCAAAGAUUUGUUUUACCCAACAACUCACAAAACCUGUUUCAAAACAUACUAACUGGGGAUCAUGAAUAUUCAAUAUAUAACAUUAACCUUUAAUUUGCAUUUCAGGCAACAAAGAACAUUAGGCUUUCCCGCCUUAAUUUCUUUUGGGGAGCUUCGCUGACCCCAGUUUUACCUUCUGUCCCACCUCCCCAGCACGUAAGCAAUUUCUGAGGAAAAUAGGAGGGUCUGGGGGUCCUCUCCCAGGGAAAAGUUAUAUUUUUAUGCUCAAUGACAGCUUUUCUGGCAUUUUCUGGAGCAUCAACAAGGAAAACGAGUAAAUGAGAAGACUGUUUUAAGGUUAUAUUUUUGUUAGUUUGGUGAUUGCACAUUUGUGUUUUAAGAACUGUACGAAUGUAUUUAGAACUGCACAUUUUGUGUAGAACAGCCCGUUAUUAAAUAAACCCUGGUUAUACCCUGAUCGUACUGCGAAUAUUCGACAAGAAUAUAUAUUGCUAUAUUCCUUUGACAAAUCUCAUGUUACUGUGUUUUCGCUCGUUACUCUGGUUUAUGUAGAGAAAUGUCAUCUUCGAAAAAAUGUACAUUCGCUACGAAACGUUUUCUAACUAACUUUUAUCUACAAAAGUGAAAAAGUCACAAAUGUCUAUUUAAGAUACAUAAAAUCAGAGGCGUAGCCAGGAUUUUUGUUCAUGCAGGGGGGGGGCAGCAAAAACCUAGAAAGGGCCAGGCUUUACUUACAGUAUUUUGAUAGAAUGAAUUUUCUCAGGGGGGCCCCCGGCCCCCACCCUGGCUACGCCUUUGCGAUAAAAUUUAAAUAAAACUUUAAUGUUAUAUACACAUUUCAGCUCCAAGCGGUCCUCCAUUGAACAUCAAAACCACAUCAAGAAGUUCAUCAUCAUUGUUUUUCAUCUGGGAUCCUCCUGAGAAAAGUAAACAAAAUGGCGUCAUUACCAGUUACACAGCGUGUGUUUCACAUUCACAAAAUGGUCGCUGCUUUCAUACAUUUAUUACAAGUGAAACAGAGUGGUUUGUCGGGAAUUUGAAUGCGUCAACAAAAUAUUAUGUUUGUGUUCUUGCGAGUACUAAAGUUGGUCAUGGAAACUUCAGUAACAGUAAAAGAUAUUUUACAAAUGAAAGUAAGUAAACAUAUAUUUAAGAAGUAUUCUGUUCAGAAUUUUACUAAUGCAUAUACUUGAACCAUUUGGUGUAUUUUGUCCACCGUGACUUUUAUGCCGUUAAGUGUUUCUUAAAAUCAGUUUCCAUUUGGUCGAUACUGUCUAAUAAUUAAAGAAGAAAAUUGAUCACUUUGUUUAAUCAAUAUAUAUCUGAAAAUCGAAAACAAUUUCGUCCUAAUUUACACCAACUUAGUUCUAGCUUCGAUUAUCUCUGCUAGAACGAACUAUAAUCUCCCAAGUAAAUUGUACAUUUGAAGUAAUAUACAGAUUUAUAAAUCGUCUAUUCCUUCAUUAUAUAAUACGCGAACACCCAUUUGCAUUCAGCAGAGAAAAGACAAGAUACAUUCAAACUAUUUACUUGGCUGAAUCAGUAUACGUAUUGUAAAAACAAUUUUUUUAAAAAAACCUAAAUUAUAGUCUAAGACAACUAAAUUUGUUGAAUGUAUUUGUUAAUUAUUGUUUAAAAAAAUCCAUUUGCUUUUCAUUGUGGAAACAUUGUGACAACGCCAAAACAUUUCUGCAGUAUCGUUAAAAUUUGAACUGAAAACUUACACAGAACCCUAUACAGAUAAAAGGCAAUGAAUUUUUUAUUUUGAUUUAUACAUCCACACUUUCCUACAGAAGCAGUAGAGAAGGCCAUAGCAGAAACAUCAAGUACACUUACAUUUUCAAUAAAAGCUCCAACGACAACGUUUGUGUAAGUAUAUUUAACUUUCUGAUCGCAUUGGAACUAAAUACUCCGCUUUACCUAUGACAUACAGUAUUGUUCGGUUGUAAAGAAGGCAAAGUUUGAUUUAUAGAUAUUUCUACGUGGUGGCUCUAAAAUUAAGAGACGGCAUAGAGCCUGCUUCAUCUGACAGUUACGAGAACAAUGAGUUAGUGACGUAUGCUGAUGCAGAAAAGUCAACCAACCCAAAACCUUAUAUUGCUGCAGUAGUUACAUCCAGCGGCAUUGAUGGAAACACGUUUAUACUUGGUGAUGGCAGUAAUACAAAUGAUCCAGCUUCACAGAAACGUGGACAAACUACGAGUGAUUAUUUUAAUGGUCCGCUGGAGCCUACAAGCAGUUAUAGUAUUUUUCAAAGGAUAACUAUCAAUAAAAAGGUAUGGUAUUCGAAACACUAAACCAUCAGUUGAGCACACUGAUCCAAAAGUUGCGCCUGGAUUGGGCAUCUCUGUGCUGUCUAUAAACGAAGUCACUGUCUCUGUAUUGGUGUAACCACCACAAAUUUAAACUGGUAUUGUUGAUAUGUAUAGAAGACGACCAAAAAGGAACGCAAUUAAGUACCUCGCAUGAUUCAGUCAACAGACUAUGACGUUAUCUGUGUAAGUAAUAGGCAAUAAUUUAUUUAUCUUUUAACACAGAUGUGUUAAAAGAUAAAUAAAUUAUUGCCUUGUUUAUUAUAGGGUGAUUAUUGCUCCACAGACUGGAGUCCCGCUUCAGAAACAAGUAAAUAUUCAG